AUGCUAUCUCACUCAGACUACAAAAACUUAUGUACAGUCGUCCUCGGUGAUCUUAAUUUUGACCUGCUGGAAAUGCCAAGACCAAGUGCAACAAAAAACUAUUUAAAUAUAUUUCAAACUCUGGGCUUCGAACAAUUAAUAACAAAAGCAACCAGACCUAUUUCAAAUUCUCUUUUGGACCACAUAUUUGUUUCUCAGAAAGACUUUGUUACAGACUCUGGAACUCUACCGCUGUCAUUUAGUGAUCACCUUCCUAUUUUUGUAUCCUUGAAUUCCAGGAGUAAUAUUUUUAAACAGCCCGGCCAUAAAACUCUGCAUAUUCGCUCACGCAAAUCGCUUUCUAUUGACGCUUUCAUAGAGGACCUUUCUUGUGCUCCCUGGAGUACACUUGAGAUGUUUAAUGAUCCAAGUGAAGCGAUUGAACAAUGGUAUCUUUUGUUCAAUAGUGUUCUAGACACACACGCACCUGUGAAGUCCCGUCGUGUCAAACGACCUCGGCCACCUGAUUGGUUUAGUGCUGAAAUAGGUGUUACUAUACAGGAACGUAACCGCUUGCAUAAAUUAGCUUCAGCUCAUAACAACUCCUCUAACUGGGAUGCCUACCGGCACGCCAGAAACAAAGUAGUUCAUAUGAUACGCAGUGCGAAGCGUGUGUUUUAUCGCAAUGCAAUCAAGAGUAACCUUGACAAUCCUAAAAAAAUCUUUGGAGAAUCAUUCGUAAUAUCAGUCCCGCAAAAUGCUCAAAUCUUCCUGGGCACUUAA